AUGGGGAAAGUGAGAUUCCCUGUCACCCUGUGCCUGGAUACCCCACAGAGCACUUUCAAAUACUGCAUCUUCGUUGUAGUGGAUUGUCCAACAGCGUACAACGACAUCCUUGGCCGGCCUGGCUUGGUCGAUUUCGGAGCAAUCUCCUCCAUUCGGCACUUAUGCCUCAAAUUCCCUACUCAGGAAGCCGGAGUGGGGACAGUGAGGGGAAACCAGGGAGAGACAAGGCAAUGCUACAACAUCGCAACACACUUGUCAGUACUAGUAGUGCGUGGGGACAAUGAACCAAGAUUGAUGGAAGAAGAUGAGUUGGAUCCCCGCGUGGGGACAGAAACAACUGUGGAACCUAUGGAGGACAAUGAGGAAGUAAAAGUGUGCGACCUCGACUUCAGCAAGGUCCUCCGUUUAGGAAAAAACCUAGAGCCGGAGGAAAGAAGCAAAAUUAUCAAAGCACUAAAGGAAGCCAUAUAUGUUUCCGCGUGGUGCCAAGGGGAUAUGACUAGCAUAAGCCCCCACGUGAUUACCCAUGUCUUAAAUGUUAACCCAAACAUGACGCCGGUUUGUAUAGACUUCAUCGAUCUCAACAAGGCUUGCCCAAAAGAAUUCUUCCCUUUACCUCGAAUUGACCAAAUGGUGGACGCCACCUCAAGAUUUAAGCUGAUGUCCUUCAUGGACGCCUACUCUAGAUACAACAAGAUCAAGAUGCAUGUCGCAGAUCAAGAAUGUACUAGCUUCAGGACCGACAAAGGGGUAUACUCUUACUUGGUUAUGCUUCGGAUUAAAAAGCACUUGUGCAACUUAUCAAAGAAUGGUGAGCUGGAUGUUUAA